CUGCCCCUACUGAAACUACCAGUACUACUAGAUUCUGAUGCAAAUGUUGUUUCCUCUUCACUAUCUUGCGUAUUUAUGACUGGAUGGAAUCUCUUCAGAUGAUCAGACAAGUUGCUUGUAUUGCCACUUGUCUUAUAUUCUUUUCCGCAGUUCCAGCAUUUUUUUCAAUUACUGACGUUGGUGGGAUAACUAUGUAACUAUCAGAAGAAG